AUGUCAGGGCAACCCCUUAUAUGCGGUCUUGACGUAGUGGUGAGUGUCAUGAUAAGCAUUCAAGAUUGCGUCCUCUUCGCUGAAGCUGUUGCAGUCCUCGCCUUGCUUUGAACAGCUCGCUAAACUGAAAGAGUCUACACUCUCCAUCAGCUCGCUUGGUCUCGCGAGGCAGCCAGCGGUUGCUUUGGCUGUGCUUCCCCUUCACCCGCUGCGACGCCCUCUCAACAAAAGCGCGUGGAGUGUCGACCGUGAAUUACGCAAGGCACCAUGAACACCGAGUCUCCCAUGACACCGGCAGUACCGAUGGACACUGACGACGAGCUGAAAAGAAAACCGCCUCGUCCUGCCUCAUCCACUACCUCCUCCCGCUCUCCUCAAGACAGUCCGACAACGAAAGCGCGCCUACGCGACGAAGCUGAAGCCUGGCUCGAAAGGCUUGCAGCGAGACGCUUGGCGGUGGGGGAAAUGUUUCAAGAUGUGAGCGAAGGUUGGUCGACCGUCGAUGCCGGGCAUGAAGACCUGCAGGACUAUCUGCUCUCGGCCGCACUUUUGAGGUCUCGCAUCAACACGGAGCGCCAGGCCGAUGCACAUACACCUCGCCUUAUCGUCAAGCUGGUUCCUUUCGGUAAAGCUGCCUCCAAGGAGUGUGUCGACCGGCUCAGCUCUACAGCAGCGCGCUGGGACAGACGCAAGAAUGACGUCUUGAGUGAUUGGCCCAAUCAGCGUCUUCACAUCAUCGAGACUCUCUUCUCGCCAGAUCCGAGACCCAACAACAAGGCUUUGCAAGCUCCGCACUUUGAAGAUGCUUACAAAAAGCUCAGCAAGUCAUUUCACGAAUCCCUCUUCGUAGGCGAUGGCCACUUUGCUCUCGCCAAGACACUGGCCGCAUAUGAAGGCGCAUUCAGCCAAAAGCAUCUAGACACGAUGGUCGUUCAUUUCGACCUCAAAGCGAAGCCAGGCGAGACCCCUUCGAAUAUUGCCGCCAAGCAGGAUGCAGAGGCUCGUCAGGAGUUGCCAGCCUUCUCGUGGCAUUCUCGAUCGCUCGCACUCAUCCAGAGCAGCGGGACCGGCAAGUCUCGGCUCGUGCAUGAGCUCAAUGGGCUGCUCUGUGACGACGGCGACGCCGAUGCGUUACACUUGACUUUUCCGCUCUGCUUCCGUGAAGAGAAUGAGGCCGCCUUCCCUAUGGGAGAUUGGGAAGUCCUCGUCUGGCUUCGCGAAGACAUGGCGCAGUACGUGCCAAGCGCCUGCACUCAGAUCUCUCUCCGCGAGCUUUACAGGAUGCGGUGGAUUGCGUUUCUCCGCAGUAUCUACAGGGCAAGCGCCAUUAUAAUAGGGCGCUGCCCUGGAGACACUCCCAAUGAGCUACGCGAGUACUGGCUCGAGCAGUGCAAGUCGUCUGUAGAUGCUUUGAGCGAGCAACGCCAAGAGGGACACCAGAACGUUCACCUCUAUAGUCUUGCGAAAACCGAGGCUGAGGCGUGCUGGCUGGAGGCGGUGCAGGAUGUAAUCGCCCGCAGCGUUAAUUACGACUCGAACUCACACUUGUUCGCGAAAGACCAGCUCAAAUAUCUGGUAGAAGAUGCUGCAAAGCUGCGCUCUCUGCUUGACGACUUCCUUCCCAGAAAGCGCUUGAACGUCAAGAUUUGGUUCCACAUCUGCUUGGACGAAGUGGCAAAUAUUCGCCCGGCACACCUCAAGCAGACAAAGUCGGAUUUCAGCUGGCUUGAGCAAGUGCGCUCGAUGUACUGCCCUGAUCCUCGACAUCAGAUGCCGCCUCUGUUCUGGAUCAUUAUGCUGGGAACCAACGCCGGCUUUGCAGCACUCAGUCCAGCCCAAAAGGACGCGACUUCUGGCCGCGUUGCGAGUGGCAAGCUGGUACAAUUUCCGCCGUAUCUGCUGACUAUCAGUAACCUAUGGCUCCGGCGACCCUCCACACUACGGACAGAAGUAUUUCUCGCGACUCCUUAUCAAGCUACCAGACCACACGUUCUCGCACUGUGGGGCAGGCCCCUUUGGCAAUCUCUUGUAGGGUACCAAGAUCAGAGUCCGAUAUUGGGCGACGCUGAUUUGACGUUUUUGGGAGGGCCACAGCUCACGUUCGUUCUACAGAAACUCUUGAAUCAAGCGGUCAGAAGCCCAAGCGUUGUAGGCCUCAAACUGACUUCGACGCACUAUCUUGCGCUUUUGGGGCAACGACUGGUAUUGGACGGCGGUCACGACUUUGCCGAGUCUAUUGUGUACUGCCGACAUCCAUGCAUUUCGGAGGAUGACCAAAAGCAGAUGGUAGACGAACACUUGCGCAUGCUGCGCAACAUCAACCGCACUGGCGACGCUGUUGCUACCUUUGUAAUGUCGGAGCCUUUGGUGUCACACAUGGCGGCAACGGUGAUGUGCGACUGCCGAUCGAUAGAGUGGGAUCACCGAAACUUGGCCGAUCCAACUCGAGGGACUCUUUGGGCGCUCUGCUGGCAGGAAUUUCGCUAUCUCGCCAAAGGUCGCAUCGAUUAUGAUGCCGGUUUGUACGGCGAAAUCACAGCUCAGGCUAUAUUUGCCGUGUGCAAAGACGCAGCACCGCGCCCGUCCGCGAACCAGUUAGGUCUUGCUACGAUGCCGGAGCCCUACGACCCUGCCUUCCACUUUGUGCAGCUCAGAAGCUUUCUUGAGACAACUUUCAACGCUGGCGACAUGUCAAAAAGUUCAGACUGGGCAAUGCUACUGGACUCGGCGAAGGGUGCUUGGGUGAAUUUCACGCGAUUCACACGCCACGACAAAACUUUUCUGGCCGUCACGCCACGAAUUCUUAGACUGGCGUGGCUCGGCAUGAAUGCGAUUGUAGGCGCACCCAAUCAGUACCACUGGGAUUUGAUCAUUCCGGUUUAUUGCGGAUCGCUACACGAGCGAGUGGAUCACAACGCGUUCACAUUCAUAGAGAUUCAGGUCAAAGCUCACAAAAUCUCUUGCAAUCAACCUCAACCUCCACUUCUCGAGUCGAUGGCGCGCCAGUGGGCCAAACCACCCAUUUCCAUUCUAAUGAAUGCAGGCACGACCGGCAAUGGCGAGGAAAAGGUGGAGGUGAGCUCCCACAAGAAAGGUAAACGCAGCACUGACGGGCAAGGGCAAAGCACUUGGUUCGAGAUAUCCACCAAGCGCUUCCAAAGAAGUCAUCAUCCCGGUCUCGGCAUUCUCAUGCCAGGCCAAUAUGCCGGUGUUGCCCAUGAGGAUUUCACCAUCGCCAGGCAUCCUUCCCUCACCGACUGGCCUGAAUAUCAGGAGAGCCUACGGGCGCUGGAGGAUACAGAGGAGUGGUUGAGGAAGGCGGCCGAGGAAGAGGAGCCCUCUGAGCAAUGA